AUGGGCUGCUCCAGCAGCGCCCUCAACAAGGCCGGCGACAACAGCAGGUUCCGCAGCGGAGAGACCGGGGAGAAGGUGGAAACAGAGAUGGAGAAUGAGAAAGUAAAUGAAGGGGCUGAAACAAAAGAAGAAGAAACAGGAGAAGCUGUGGAUCUCUCAGCAGCCGCAUAGAUAGGCAUGGUGACAGAAGAGUGAACGAACGCAGUGUGUUGUAAUAGAGAAGACAGAAAAGUGGCAGGGAAACUUGUGGUCAUGGACUCUAUUUUCCUACAUCUACACGUUUUGUACAAAGAGUGGGGUUAUAGACAGACUGCUGAACCAUAAGAAGGAUGCUUUCAUGUUCUUGAUGACAUUGUUCCACAAAACUGCUACACUGUAAAUAGUUUUCUUAGCUACUUAGACUAGUUAUCCAUUUAAAACUAUGGUAGCCAGGUCAAUAAAAAUUUGAGUAUAAGAUCA